UGGUCAGAGCUAGCCAUGACGAGGACUUCUACGUGCAUAUACCACUUUUUUGUUUUGAGCUGGUAUAUUUUCCUCAAUUUUUAUAUCUCACAACAAGGAGAGGAUCCACGGAAAUCCAAAGUCUUUCUAAAUGGUGGACAAUGGAAGUACUUAACAUUCCUUAACCUGUUCUUGCAGGCCCUUUUCUAAGGGGUGGCCUGUCUGGAAGAUGUGCUGAAAAGAGCUAAAGGGAAAAAAGACAUUAAGUUCGUAACAGCCUUCAGAGACCUGCUUUUCACCACACUGGCUUUUCCGAUAUCUGCAUUUGUAUUUUUGUCAUUCUGGAUCCUCUUUCUCUACGAUCGAGAACUCGUUUACCCUAAGGCCCUAGAUGGUAUCUUUCCAGUGUGGUUGAAUCAUGCAAUGCACACAUCUAUAUUGCCCUUCUCUCUGGCUGAAGUCAUCCUCAGGCCACACUGCUAUCCACUGAAGAAGAAAGGACUCGCUUUGUUGGCUGUUGCUAGCCUUGCUUAUGUCAGCAGGGUUCUAUGGAUCUGCUCCGAGACGGGUACAUGGGUGUAUCCCGUGUUUGCCAAACUCAGCCCAGUGGGUCUAGCAGCCUUCUUCUCUCUCAGCUACAUCUUUAGCGUCGGCAUCUACCUAUUUGGAGAGAAGCUCAACCACUGGAAAUGGGGUGACACGAUGCAGCCAAGGAAGAAGAGGAAGUGAUUAGACACCAUUUUCCAAGAACUAAGGAAGAAGAAAACAGGAGAG